CAUCUACUAUCUAGCCAGCCCCAGUAGCAAAACACCAAACCCUAGUAGAUCACUUCGAUCUCGAUUGUCCUCCAUGGAUUUCCAAACCCUCACCAGGAGACAACUCCAAGCCCUCUGCAAGUCGAACAAGAUUCCGGCUAACAUGACCAAUGUCGCCAUGGCCAACGCUCUCAAAGCUCUUGAGUUCGUUGAAGGUAUUGAAGAGGUCAUGAAGCCAUCAGAAUCUGAGAUUGCAAAUUCGUCUGUUGAGUCACCUGAGAAGUCUGAUAUGAUGUCAAGUGCUCCUCGCACUAGUAGACGAGCUGCAAUUCGCCCUGAAAUUUCUCAGACUAUGACUAGGACACGUCGAUCAACAAGAAGAAUGCCCCUCGAGGACCAAGUGAAGAAUGAUGUGAUUGAGACUCCAGCAGCACCAACUGCUAGAAGAAGGGCAGCGACAACUUCAGUUAGCUCAAAAAUGGAAAGCUUGCUGAAGGAAUGUGUAGAGACAGAACAAGAUGGGGAGCAGACUUUGAAUGAAAAGAAAGAUCUUCCAAAGACACCAGGUACACGUAUGACAACCCGAAGGAGGCAAGUGAAGGAGAACACUUCAGUUCGGCCAGUAUACAGCACUCGCAGAUCAUCUAGGUUAGCCUCAAAAUAUGAAGAGUCAAGCAAAGAGGGUACUGAAAUGUCACAGACGGCUACGUUUGAUUCAUUUACCGAUGAAACAUAUGAUAUUUUGGAAGUCAACUCUAAACUGUGUUCUCUCCACUUGGAUGAUGAACAGGGGAAAGCUGCUGCAGAUUCAAGUGCAUUCUCUAAUGGAAAUGAGAAUCAAAAUGUGGCAAGCAAGGAACUUAGUGCUGAUAUGCAUCAAAACUCUGAAGAACAUGCUACUGAAGAGAUUACCAAUGGGCUCAUUGAAAAUUAUGCAACUGUAGAUUUCUCUGCUGGCAAGGAAUCAAAUGAUGUUGAAGUGGACUUACAACAAGGUGCUGAUCUUGGGCUUGAAGGUCAGGAUGCCUUUUGUGAUAACAUGGCUGGUGAAGUUUCUGAAUGUGUGGUGGAAAAAGCUGGUGAUGAAAUGGUUGAAGACCACUCUCACUUCAAAGGGGGGCAGCAGGAGGAGGCUGAGGACAACAUUAGAGAUGAAAUCUCUGACCAUGCUGUUGAAGAUGUUGAUGUUGGUGAGAAUACAAUUCAAUGCAAACACUUGGAUGAUGAGCUAAACAAAGGCCACAAGCAAUUGGAUGAGGAGGAGGAGGAGGAGGAGCAGGAGGACCAGGGCAACAACAACACUAAUGGAAUUUCUGACAGUGAAGUUGAAGAUGUUAAUCUUCAACCCAAAUUCCAGGAGGUUGUUGUUAUUGGUGAGCAGUUGGGUGCUGCUUCAUGUAACGAGGAACUUGACACUAACGAAAAUUCUGAAUGUUUUGAGGUUGAUGAUUUGUGCAAGGGGGGCCUUGGCCUUGAGGUUGUGGGUAAUGGUAUAAUUCUAACCAAGCAAUUGGAUGAGGUCAUCAUCAACACUAAGGAAAUUUCUAAUACUGAUGUUGAAGAGGAGGAUGUGAAUGAUGAGGAGGAACUUGACACUAAAGAAAAUUCUGAAUGUGAGGUUGAAGAUCAUGGCAUGGUUCUUGACAAUGAGGAAGAAUCUAAUACUGAUGUUGAAGAUGCUGCUGAUCUUCACUGGAACAUGGCUUUAUCCAAUCAGCCAUCUGUCAAUGAAGAUGAUGAGGGGCAGUGCAUGAAUGAUGAAAUUUCUGAACAAGAUGCUUCUUCAGAUGAGAUGCAAGAAGAGAAGUUAGUGGACCCUGCAAGCAAGGAUCUAGUUGAUCCAAACUCCACCUUGAUGUUGGAUCCUCCUGCUCACAUUUCUGUUUCUGAUGUGGCAGAAACAGAUUCAGACAACACCUCACUGGUGAAGAAAACACCCUCUGACAAGACGAUGACACCAAGGGAACCAGUAACAACUAUGGGUCUAAACCAUGUCACAGAUGACAAGGAGAACAUUGAUAAUAGUGGCAUGAAAUUGGUUGUUACAAAAGAAAAGCUGAAGAAAAAGGGCAAUGCUGAGGUGAAGAAUCAAAAGCCCUUGGAAGAUUUAAGUCUCAGACAGCUCACUAAGAUGAUGAAAGAGAUGAAAAUACAGAAUGCAGAAAAAAGCACCAAGACUGCUGUGAGUAGGCCAGCUCUACAACAUGUCCCUGAGAACUGCUUGGUUGGUGAAUCUAGAAACAGAUCUGAAGAUUAAGAUGAAUUAAUCAACAGAAGGAACUUUGAAGAACAAUUACAGAAUGUUCUACCUUCUUGGUUGGCAUAUAUUGAGAAAGAUAUCAUAAACAUUUCCUUUUUUUAUUUCCUUUAUGAUAAACAAUUUCCUUUGAGAAAGAUAUCAUCAUAUCAUAAACAUUUCCUUCUAUAUCAUUCAUUUUUGGAGUUGUUUGGAGUUGUAAAACGGUUGUCAAUUGUGGUGCAAAUUUCCAAAUGCUUAGAAAUGAUUGAUAAUCAAUCAAUAAAGAAUCUUGUUGCA